AAAAACACCCAUUUUGUCUCUCCUUCUCUCUCGCGGGCUCUCAAAUCUAUCUGUGUUUACAUACAUACACACACACAGAGAGACACAGAUACAGAUACAGAGAGAGAGAGAGAGACCUCCAAUGGAGUACGAGAGAAUAGAGAAGGUUCAGAAGGGUAUAAUCUCACCUACAAAGCUGCGAAUGAGGCUGAUGGGUCCUCAGUAUAACAGGAAGAAAGAAGGAUCCAACAGUAAUUCCUCGAGGACAUCCCCUUCACGUCUCGACAUUCCUGAGCACUCCGAAUUCGUCAAGAACAGCUUAUUAGCCUCCAAAUCCGAUUUUGACGACGAUGCUGCUGUUCCAAAUAUGGAUGUCGGGGAAGUUAACCUGCCCAGUGAUCUGCCGGUAUUGGACGUUAAUGUCUCGAGCAGCGGAUUAACGAAGGAAACAGGAGAGAUUAUGGACCGCCCGAGAAACCAGCAAUUCAGGAAGGGUGAUUUGAGUAUGAGACCACCAGAGGAUGAGAAUCUUGAUUAUGACAGCAAUGCUAGCUCCUCGAGUUUUGAGUUCCCUAAUGGCGGUGAACGCUUGAACCGGAAUCUUGUCCCGAGGUCAUACCCGAGACAAAUGCCAUCCAAGUGGAAUGACGCCGAGAAGUGGAUAAUGAACCGACAAAACAUGGUGAAGAAGAGCGGAUCUUUAUACGGCCAUGGGAACCGAAUGCCAGUAAGAGUCGCCCCCGAGAAUUCAGGUUAUGAACAUAACAAUCUGAGAAUGGCUGCGGAUACUGAGUUCGGGAAGUUCCCAUCAGUAAUUGAAGCCUAUGGAGGAAACAUUUCAAUCGGUCACUACACGCAGAGCAAAAAUCUUAGGGAGGCAAAGGAUUUAUCACACGACAAAACAGUUGUUCCUGCUGUCCGUUCGGUCUGUAUGCGGGACAUGGGAACUGAAAUGACGCCGGUAGCGAGUCAAGAGCCUUCGAGAACUACUACACCCGUCGGGGCAACGACCCCUCUUCCCAGCCCGACUUCUUCCCUUCCCUCAACUCCUAGAGCUCGGGGUGGCCAAGAGGAGUAUCCGUCACAAGACCCGGAAGAAAUCACGAAAAGGGAACUGUCGGAGAAAGAAAUCAAGCUGAGGACGAGAAAAGAGAUAGUGGCCCUCGGGGUUCAGCUUGGGAAGACGAACAUUGCGGCUUGGGCGAGCAUAGAAGAAGAGAAUAAUGAUAAUAAUAACACGGAUUCCAUCGGAAAAAACCCCGACAAGGAGGAGAUUCAGAGGAUUGAGUAUGAAAAACGGGCCGUCUCAUGGGAAGAAGCUGAGAAAUCCAAGCAUACUGCACGGUAUAAGCGUGAGGAGAUCGAGAUUCAAGCAUGGGAGAGCCAGCUGAAAGCAAAACUCGAAGCGAAGAUGCGGAGGAUAGAGGCCAAAGUGGAGAAGAUGAAAACUCAAGCAGAAGCAAAGAUGGUGAAGAAAAUCGCGAUGGCGAGGCAAAGGUCUGAAGAGAAGAGAGCUGAAGCGGAAGCCCGGAAAAACCACGAGGCCGAGAAGGCAGUGGUUCAAGCCGAGUAUAUCCGUCGAACUGGCCGAAUACCAGCUUCCGGUUACAUGUGCUGUGGUGGUUGGUUCUCAUGAAACUUUCACUCUUGUCUGAGAAAAAAAAACCGGCUUGUUUUCUGAAAUCCUUGUAAUAUAGAGCGAACUUGUGUUUCAAGUUAGGGUUAUAGCUGCCGUCUGGUGCAAGUCAACCGUGGCAAUAAAUGUACUAAAAAAUAGGAUGCCGGUUUAAUGGCUGGGAUGGAAUUUGGCGUUUGGUUAA